AUGAAUUCGUUCGCGUACAUUCUGCAUAUGCGUGGAUUAGGGGAACUACAAAGACGUGUACUCAGUAAUGGUGCUCUUGGUCUAACGCAGGAGACGAGAAGCUAUCGGCCGAACGCACUGCCGAGCGACCUGAAACUGAUUGCUCCGUUCUGGAACCGGAACGAUCUGCGCAAUGGUGGCCACGUCUACUUCCGUGAAAUCACAGCUGGCCGUGUUCUUGAACGUGGACAAAGCGAAAUUCGGUAUCAGUAUGAUGAAGUAGUGAAAGUGAAGACUUGCCUGUUGGUUACCUGGGAUAAGAUGCAACCUCUUGGCGCUACACCCCUUCCCGACGAUGUUCGUUCUAUAUUCAUUCAUUUUCUACAAAGUAUUAUACAGACUUUUUUUAAUACAUAUGUUUAG